AUGGGGAAAGAUGCGUACGCAACAUUUGCCUGCAACGAUACCGAAGUAGAAGACGCCUUAAUUUUGCUGAAAUCCAUAAAGGAGGCGAAAACUUUUAAAAAAGUUUUGAUACUGUACGAUUCUAGAAUUGGAGUCAGCUCUUGCAUGAAUGCUAAUAUAAUAACGUUCUCGGCAAAAUCUGAGGAAGCCUUAUUGGAACUGAUUGACAAUUACAAGACCUUCUUGUCAUAUAACAAAGACAUGAGAUUAGAUGAUAUAGCAUAUACUGCUAAUGUUGGACGAGCAAAAUUUGCAAAUAGAAUAGCAAUCACUGCUAGACACAAUGAAGAAUUCUCACAAAAACUGGAUACGAAAAAUUGGUUAUCUGGAAUUUCACAAAGGGAACCAAAGAUCUGCUUCCUUUUUCCAGGAACGCAACGUAGUGGAAUGGGCAGCCAACUUUAUGACACCUUCCCAGUUUUCAAAGAACAUUUUGACCUCUGCUCGCAAUUAAUUUUCAAAAUGUAUGGACUUGACAUCAAAACUUCUCUCUGGGGAGAUAAGAUAUCUAAGAAUUAUCUAAACCAAUCGUUUUACUCAUCGUGUUCAAUUUUGGUCAUUGAGUAUUGUCUGCUUAAACUUUGGGCGUCACUUGGGGUACAUCCAGAUAUGGUCGUAGGUCAUAGUUUAGGUGAGUAUGCUGCAGCCACUGCCGCCUCACUCAUAACACUUGAAGAUGCACUUACGAUGAUUGGAGCACGAUGCAUGCUAAUUGACACACUUCCUGGAGGAAAAAUGUUGGCCAGCGCAAACAAAAACACAAGUGCGCGACUAAUUGACAGAUUUUUGAAGUCACGUACUGGUACAAACGCAGACUGGCUGGAUAUUGCUGCAAUCAAUUCCGAACAACAAACUACAGUGUCUGGCCCACCUUCUCUAGUAGAUGAAUUUGCAGAAUUUUGUCGAAACAAUGGCGUAAGAGCUACAAUCCUAGAUGCCUCACAUGCAUUCCACUCUAGAGGUUUGGAUCCAAUAUUAAAUGAAUACAGAGACGUUUUAAGCUCCCUUCGAAAAGAAGUCAUACCAGCAACCUGUAAAUACAUAUCAAGCGUUGAUGGUACUCAAAAAUCGUCUUUAUCUUCAGAAUAUUGGGUUUCUAAUUUGCGAGACCCUGUACAAUUUAUUAAAACAAGCAAGACUAUCGGAAAGCAUAUUGAGGAGGAUAAUUCGGGUGAAACAUAUAUCUUCCUAGAAGUCGGGCCACACCCAGUACUUUCAGCGUUAAUUCAAUCUAGCUUGACAUUUAUGCCUCAAUGUAUCAAAUCAAUGAGGAAAGGUGGUAAUGAGCUGGAAGAGUUUCUUGGAGCUGUUGGCAAUUUGUUUGUACAAGGGGUUUCAAUAAACUUUGAAAAGUUCCAUGCAGUUCAUAAUAAGAAAAAGGUUUCCCUCCCGUUUUACCCCUUCCAAAGAAAUCCAUUUUGGUUCCCUUUUCAACCCAAGGGCUAUUCCACUUCUUCAAUGAAGGAUACGGUCCAUCCCCUUCUAGGGAAACAGAUAGAACAACCUGGAUCUGGAGAUGUGAAGAUAGGUGAUCAUCGCAUCGGGCAGUGGCCAUUGAUGCCAGCCGCAGGGUUCGCAGAGUUGAGUUUGGCGUCACGUUACCUGACACUAGAUCGAAAUGUGAAUCAUUUGGCAAUUGACAAUUUCAGUGUUCAAACACCUGGCCAUCUUACGCAAACUGGAUCAUCUUAUCAUACUCUGCUGGAGGGGAACCUGGUUAAGAUUUACAGUCACUGCAGUCUAGAUGUAUUUCCACCAAUUCAAGACCAUUACUCAGCAGCAAAAGUCUCCGCCGAAGCUAUGUAUGUACGAUUAACCGUCAAAGGAUAUUAUUUUGGACCAUCCUUUCGAUGCAUCAAGUCCCUAUGGGAGGACCAUAUGUUAAACAAGUAUGCUGAAGUCAAACUUGAUCUCUGCGAUGUUGAUGAUAAACUCAUACUCCAUCCAAUCUUAAUAGACAGUAUGCUACAGCUUGUUAUAAUGUGUGUGGAAGACUUGGAAGCACCCAUCGAAAAUACCAUAAAACUUCCUGUGGCGAUCCGGUGUCUAAAGGUUUACAACAUGAGUCAAACUCAAGAGCAGACUGAUUCAACUACAAAGUUCUACGUCAAGAAAUGCCAUAACACAAGAACAAUAAGCUUAUACAAUUGUCUCGGCAAAAAAUUAAUAUCCAUGGAUGGAAUUGACUUUCUUCCAAUAGACUUGUUAAGUUUCGACGACCAUAUGCAUUUCAUCCUAAAUCAGGCAAAGCAGUGUCCAAUAUUUGAAUUCGAGUGGAGUAAAGAUUCAAUACAACAAGUCUCUAAGCAGGUCCCAACCUCGUCAGUUUGUGAAAAGGACAGAAACUGGUUGAUUUUCGGAUUGCAUGACACCUUCACAAACGAUUUAAUGGGACAACUAAACACGUUGGAAAAAUCAGUUUCGCUAAUUACAUUUGGACAGCAGAACAAAAUGUCAACCAAUUAUAUUGAAACGAUGGGUCGCAGCCAAAAGGAGUUCAUGCAAAUAUUAUCUCACUUUUCUGAAAUCGAGGGAAUAAUCUUUGGACGGGGAUUGACGUCUGCAUUGGAUGAUGCGAUAAUUGAAAGGUGGCUUCACCUACUCCAGGCAAUCGUCGUUUACUCAGAGAGGUUGUCUAAAUUACUUCUUCUAACGCAAGGGGUACAUUGCAUGUCUAUCAAUGCAGAAAAGUUUGCGCAAAAACCAGUCGCUGCUUUACUUAUAGGAAUGUUGCGUUCAUUUAAGGCCGAAAAUUCUGCGCUAAAUUGUAAAUUAAUUGAUCUGGAUUCCCUAAGCCACAGGAAUGCCGUAAAUAUUAUGCAAGAACUUUUUCAAAAUCCAAGCGUCGAAACUGGGGGUGGCAUUUUCUAUCAAGAAGGUGAUCGACUGACUCAAAAACUGGUGAAGCUAAAACGUCCCGCCUUUCUUCAAUUGCCAAAAGCAUCCAGAUUUUGUCUACGGCUUCCAGCAUCAAAUAUCAUUUCAGAUUUAAAAUUGAUGGAUAUGUCCUCGGUUACUGAGUUGGAAGAGAAAGGACUAGAAAUCAAAGUCAAUGCUUAUUCGUUAAACUUUCGUGACAUCUUCGCCGUACUUAAACAAACUGAAGCGUUUGCUAAAAUCAAUAUUAUUGGAAGCGAUUUCUCAGGAGUUAUUAGCCGAAUUGGAAGUUCGGUAUAUAAGUUUCAAGUUGGGGACACGGUGUUUGGCUGUCAUCACCAAAAUGUGGCACUAUCUUCACAUAUUAGUACUUCUGAGAAUAGGGUUUGCAAGCUUCCAAAUUUUUUAACCCAUGAAGAAGCGUCGACCCUUCCAACUGUAGCAUUGACUGCUUAUCAAUGCCUGUGCACUGUUGCUAAAUUGAAGAAAGGCGAUACAAUACUGAUUCAUGCAGCUUCGGGAGGUGUCGGAUUAGCCGCCGUGCAAUUGGCAAAUACAGUUGGGGCAAAUGUCAUAGCCACGGCGGGAAGUUCGAGAAAACGGGCGUACCUAAGGAAUAUAAUGGGAAUAAAGCACGUCUUUGACUCGAGGAACUUGUCUUUCGAGACUGACAUAAGUGCUGCCACUGAUGGAGCUGGGGUCGACAUAGUUCUUAACUCUUUAACAGGUCGUGGAUUCAAGGAAGCUUCUCUCAAUUGUCUAAGGAAGGGGGGCAGAUUUAUCGAAAUGAGUAAAAUCAACGUUUGGACCAAAGAGGACUGCAUGGCGCUUCGGCCUGAUGUGACAUAUUCUAUUGAAGAUUUAAGCUUAUCAGAGGACAGUUCAGCACCUUUAUCUCAGCUUGAAAACAUAGCAACGGGGUUUUGGCAGCCUUUGCCUUAUGUUCACUUCCAAGCCCAAGAAAUACGAGAUGCUUUGUCAUUCCUAGAAAAGGCGAAACAUAUUGGGAAAGUAGUUGUCAGCAUGCCUGAUAAGCAAAAUAAGCUAUUCAGUUGCAAAAAUAGCUAUCUCAUCACUGGUGGAUGUGGAGGCAUUGAAUGGGAAUUAAUCAAAUGGAUGUUGAAGAAUGGUGCCAAGCUGAUUUUCCUGAUGGGUAGACAAAUACCAAGCUCUGACCGCCAGAAAGAAAUUAGUGACCUUAAUAAUCGUGGAUUCCACGUAAUCUGGAAAUGUGGCGACGUAAGUAAGUUGUUUGACUGUGAAUCUAUAUUUUGCUGGAUAAGAGAGCAAUUCCCUCAAUCACCGCUCCGGGGGAUAUUUCAUUGUGCCGGAGUUCUAUCUGACGCCGUCUUCCUUAACCAAACCAGUGAAACAUUAGACAAAGUUCUAUGCCCAAAAUUCCAAGGUGGAUGGAAUCUUCACGAACUUUCUAAAACAUUUACCCUGCAGCAUCUUGUGCUCUUCUCCUCGAUUAGUUCAUUAAUUGGGAACCCAGGGCAGGGAAAUUAUGCGGCCGCAAAUGCGUUCUUUGAUGCCCUCGCGCAUUAUCGACAUGCUCUAGGUCUUCCAGCUAUUUCUUUGAACUUUGGCCAGUGGGGUGAAGUUGGACUAGCAGCGGGACAACGUAUUUCCGGCCUGCAUCCCAUGUCCACAAAACAAGCUCUUGCUGCAUUAGAACUUGCUUUAAACUCCAAGCAUGCUCAACUAUGCACAAGUUCCAUGAAUGUUACCAAAUUAGUUCAACGGAUUCCUUGGACUGACAGCUUUUUAGUAAAUAUCUUAAAAUCUGAGAGGGGCCACCACAGAAAAUUUGCUGGGACCAACAAACUUGAUUUCCUCAGCUCUGAAAAGUUUUAUGCGGAAUUUGAUGCCUGUGAAAACGAAACCGAUAGAAAUUCAGUCAUUCUAUACCAUAUGGGGAGACUUGUAUCUUCAGUUCUUCAGCUGGAGCAAAAUAGUGGGAUCAAUCGUAAAUUCUCUGAACUAGGGUUGGAUUCAUUAAUGAUGAUUGAGAUUAAGAAUAAAACAUCCAACUUGCUUGGUGGAAAGGUGCAGUUGAGUAUUAACGACUUUGCCGAUAGCGAGGACCUCGAAAAUCUUGUGAAACAUAUAUCCAACCUGAUAAACACUAAUGACUCACUAAAACAAAGCGAAGAUAUUUCUAAACUAAUUAAUCAAGACUCCAAAUUAUGGGAUCACAUUCAGAUUUCGCCAAAAUGUGUACAACUCGUGCGGCUUGGUCAGGUGAAAACCAUUUUUCUUACUGGCGCUACCGGAACACUUGGACCUUACAUGCUUCAACAGAUAUCCUUAUUACAUCAAGUUGAGAAAAUUGUUUGUCUGGUACGACCUAGAAUCAAUAAAGACGAGUCGUCAAUGUUUCGGAUUAACUCCAGAUUAGCGUUCUUCAACCUGUUGGAUAGGACAUGUGUUAACAAAAUUCACGUUGUAGAAGGGGAUGUCGCUUUGAUCAUGUUCGGAUUGGUUGAAUCGGCGUAUGUCGCACUCGCCCAUGAAAUCGAUGCUGUAGUUCACUUUGCAAUAUAUGGGGAUCAUCUCUGGUCUUAUGAAAGCUCGUCUUUAAUUAAAAGCAUUAAUGUAGAAGGGACUCAACGAAUUAUAGAAUUCGCGGCAACAUACAAAAUUAAGUGGAUCAAUGCGGCUUCGUCCAUUGCAGCCUAUUCGCCAAAUUUCGGCGUGACUGACAAACUCCAGGGUUUGGAGGAGUGGCCCGCAAAAGGCAACUACUCAUGCCAGUUUGGCUAUGGGAUUUCAAAAUUUAUUGGAGACCGAUUACUCUCAUAA